AUGUCUGGUUUUGGAGAACAUUAUUCCUCUGUUUCCAUAACUGGAAAAUCGUCGCCUGAGAAGCAAGAUACCCAAGUUGGAAGGGAGUCGUCAAGAAGUGCACUACUGAAUCAAAACGAAGAUGGUGUGUUUGGUGAUUCUUCUCUGAGAGAAAGCGAAAUGUUCAAGGAGACUGCUAAUGACGAGAGAGACAAAUUUCCCUCAGAGCGGUCUAGCCUUGUAGACUUGAACGAUGGAGUGGAUGAGUUUUUCGACGUUCCAGAACCGUCAGAUAAUGACCCGUUGGAUGAAAGCUGGACCUCAGAUUAUGAUUCGGAUACAUACUCUCAGGAAUCCCGCCAGCCAAAACUAAAUAGCGCUACGAGCUUAGUGAAAAAAUUACACGAUCUUGCAGUUCAAAAGAGGGGCUAUGUUGACCUGCAUGAGAAGGCGAGGGAAGAGAGUAGCACGCCUUGCUGCUAUGGAACCACUCUUCCAACUGAUCCUACUUGUGCUUUGCCUUGUAGUUGGACAACGACCGAUCCCUCUACUUUUCUCAUCCGAGGAAAGACUUAUCUUUCAGACCAGAAGAAGGUCAAGGCAAAGGGUACACUGAUGGAAAUGGUAGCUGCAGACUGGCUAAAAUCUGAUAAGCGGGAGGAUGAUUUGGGGUCCCGUCCUGGAGGCAUCGUUCAGAAAUAUGCAGCAAAAGGUGGACCAGAGUUCUUUUUCAUCGUGAAUAUACAGGUUCCAGGAUCAACAACGUACAGCCUUGUGCUUUAUUACAUGAUGAGCACACCCAUUGAAGAGCAUCCUUUGCUAGUUAGCUUUGUUAAUGGUGAUGACGCAUAUAGGAAUUCACGGUUCAAGCUCAUUCCUUACAUAUCCAAGGGAUCUUGGAUAGUUAAGCAGAGUGUGGGAAAGAAAGCGUGCCUUAUUGGUCAGGCCCUGGAGAUCAAUUACUUCAGGGGAAAGAACUAUAUUGAGCUGGGCGUUGAUAUUGGCUCAUCAACUGUUGCAAGAGGAGUUGUGAGUCUUGUUCUUGGUUACCUCAACAAACUCGUGAUUGAAAUGGCAUUCUUGGUACAGGCGAAUACCGAAGAGGAGCUCCCGGAAUAUCUUCUUGGAACUUGUCGGUUAAACCAUCUAGACGCUUGCAAAUCAGUUUCACUUAUUCCAUAG